GAAUCCCACAUUUCAAUUUUAGCAGCCAACAACAAACCCACAUCGCCUCCGAUCUUCUCUCUCAAUAUAAUUUCUCUCUCUAGAUUCUGUAUUUUCUAUACGUAUAUAUAUCUAUAUAUAUACGUGUUACUGUACACUAUUUGUUACACUAUAUGUUGUAUUGUAUCGAACCGAUUUGAAGAAGAAUAAGGUCAAAAAGUUUCUCCAAGUUUCUCAGAUUUCCGGCGAGUUUAACGGUCAGAUUCGAAUCGGUUUUAAUGAAAUCUGUGUGAUUUUGUGUGGUUUUUUCUGGAACUGCAAAGGAAGUUAGGGUUUCUAGAAGUUUCCGGCGAGUAUACCGGCGUGAACUUGUCAGAUUCGAAUCGGUUAUAUAAUGGAAUUUGCGUAAUUUUUGUUGUUAUUUUUGAAACUGCAAAGGAGUUAGGGUUUCUUAAGUUUCCGGCGAGUAUACCGGCGCUUGCUUGAUAGAUUUGAAUUGGUUAAAUAGAAGCGGCGCGUGAAUGAAAUGAAUGUGUAAAUUUUUUGCUAUUUUUGGAACUGCAAAGGAGUUAGGGUUUCUAGAAGAUUCGAAUUGGCUUUGCAGUGCCAACGAGUGAUUUUCCUGCUCUGUUGUGGUGGAAACAUUAGAGAGUUAGGGUUUCUAGAAGUUUCUGGGAGAUUCGAAUUGGUUUUGCAGUGGAAACGAGUGAUUUUGGUCGAAUUUGUAUGAUUUGCUGCUUUGUUGUGGUGGAGAAGUAAGAGUUGUAGGGUUUCAUUUUAAAAAAAAAAAAGGUUUAGUUUUUGGAAUAAUUUUUACAGUUAUGCCUCGAAGUUCAAAGCAUAAAUCGCAUAAGCAGAGUAAACAUAGUCCGGAUUACUCGGAUACGGAUUCGGAAGUGAGAAUGAAGGAUAAGGAGAGGAGUAGUAAGGAGGAUGGUUUGGCUAGGGUUUCUAAGGAUUCAAUUCAUUCUUCUAGUGGUGAGAAGCGAAAACAUAGUAAGGACGGUAAAGAUCUAACUGGCUAUGGAAAUGGUGAUGCCUCGGAGGAGUAUGUUUCAUCCAAAAGGCGGAAAGAGAAGGCGGAGGCGAGUAGUGGUGGUGGUGAUAGGUGGAAUGGGGCUGAAAGUUUGAAAAUUGAUGGAGAUAAGGGUUCUAAAGGGAAGGAAAUGAAGAGUUCGAGUGAUUCCAAGAGUAAAAGCAGUAAGAAAGAAGGUAGUAGUGUUGCUUCAUUGGUGGAAAAAGAGGAGAGUAGUAAGAGUGGAAGAGUUGAUUCAAAGAGGAAAUCUGAAAAAGAUUCUGCCCGAAAAGAAGGGGGGAAGGAUUCCAAGGAGGUGAAGGAAAAGGAGCGAAAGGGUCACGAGAGUAAACGCGAUGAUGUGGACAAUGUGAAGAAACAAGGGUCUCAAUCAGGUGAUGUUAGUGAAGAAAAGCAGAAUAAAAAAGAGUGGUCUAUCCCAAAUGAGGUUCCGAACCUUGACUUGGACAAGGAAGCUGAGAAAAGGGCACGGAAAAGAAGAGAAGUCCCUGGUGAUCGAGAUAAAUAUGAAGAUGAUAUAAAUGAGAGCGAUGACAGACGGUUAUCUUCGAGGUCUGAACGUACUAAAGAUGAAAAACAGCGACAUGAAAAGCAUAAAGAGUACAAGGAAGAUGGUGAUAAAGAUGACAGGCACAAGGAUGAUAGGUACCGUGAGGAUGUUGACAAGGACAGAAAACGACGUGAUGAUAAAUAUCGGGAAGAUAGUGAUAGAGAUAGUAGACGUAGAGAUGACAAGUACCUGGAAGAUGUCGACAGAGAUAGCAGACGCCGGGAUGACAAAUACCGUGAUGAUGGUGAGAGGGAUAAUAGGCGAAGGGAUGAUAGGUAUCGAGAAGAUGAUGAAAGAGAUAGUCGUCGUAGGGAUGACAAAUAUCGUGAAGAUGGUGACAGUGAUAACAGGCAUGGGGAUGAUAAGUAUCGAGAGUUUGGGGAGAAAGAUGGUCGUCAUGAUGAAGAGAGAUAUCAUGAAGAUGGUGAAAGGGAUGAUAGGCAGAGGGACAUCAAAUAUAGAGAAGACAGUGAAAGAGAUAAAAGGCGCAAGGAUGAGAAGCACCGGGAAGAUUUCGAAAGACAUGGAAGAUGCAAAGAUGGCAGUGAAGCAGAUGAAAGUGAUAAAAAGAGGAGACUCAAUGAUGCCAAGUAUGGGGAUGAACGUGCUCCGAGAGACCAUUCAGGUGACCGGUCUGAUGUGAAGCGUUCUAGGGAUGAGGGUCAUGCUUCUGAUUUGCAUUUGAGGAAGUCAAGUAUGCACGAUGGGAACCCUGGUUAUGAUCGUGCAAGGUAUAAAGAUGAGACAGGGAGAAGGAGAACUCAUGAUAAAGAGGACCUUGGGGAUAUAAGAUCAAGGAGUACUAAAGAGCAGCGAUCUGAAGCAGAGAAGAGAUCCAUAAGCAGUUCUAGAGUAGAGUCUGUCAGUGAUCGUGGAAGGUCUACCUCGAGGAAUGUUGAUGUAGAACAUACUCCCAAAAAAAGCAGGUGGAAGACUUCACCUAGUGCUGGACCUCAUACUACAAGGGAUAGUUACAGGCUGUCAAAACAAGAAGAGUCUAAGUACAGGGAUUAUCCUUAUGAAGAAAGGAUUCGACAUGGUGGAACCUCUCGAGAUUAUGCUGGUUCUGGUGGAGCAAUUGAGAGAAUUUCUUCAUCUCGAUCAACAGAGAAAAUGAUUCAGAAGGAGGACAUCUUUCUUGGAGAGUUCUCAGCUGAACGACGGCUUAAAUCAGAUGUUCGCGGUUCUCCCCUGCAGUUGGUGGAUAGAUCUCCUUCUUCAGCGAGCAAUGAGCGAAGGCACAUGACAAGAUCAGAGGUUCGCCGGAGUAUUGAUGUUGAGGAGUCAACACAGAGAAGUGGUGGCUCCAGGGAAGUAAAGGAAGGUAGGGGAAACCGUGAAUUUGCUGGUGAUGCAUUUGCAGGUGAUGAACUAUCUCAAAUGGAUGGAGAUAAUGUCUCUGUGUCUUCUCCUUUUAUUAGAGGGAGUCACUUGUCAGGCAGUUCAAAGUCUGCUUUACCUCCCCCUCCCCCAUUUAGGUCUGGGGUUGACAGCCCAUUAAUGUUUGGCUCUUUGGAGGAUGACAGCAGGGGGAAGUCGACCAACCGUCACAGAAGAAUUAAUGAUCCUACUAUUGGAAGAAUGCAAGGAAAUGCUUGGAAGGGGGUUCCAAGUUGGCCAUCACCUCUGGCAAACGGUUUUAUGCCUUUCCAGCAUGGUCCACCUCCUGUUGGUUUUCAUCCCGCAAUGCAGCAGUUUCCUGGACCGCCAAUGUUUGGUGUCAGACCUUCAAUGGACUUGAAUCACCCUGGGGUUCCUUAUCAUAUGCCUGAUGCAGACCGCUUUUCUGGCCAUGGACGCCCGAUGGGUUGGCGAACUCCACUAGAUGAUUCAUGCGGUCCUCCAUUGCAUGGGUGGGAUGCUAACAAUUUUGGUGAAGAAGCUCACCUUUAUGGUAGGCCAGACUGGGACCAGACUAGGACUUUGUCCAACAAUAGUCGAAGUUGGGAGACAAGUGCUGAUGUAUGGAAAGGGCCAAUAAGGGGCACCAGUGUGGAUUUGCCAUCUGGUUCACAGAAGGAGGUUCAGGGUCCAGAUAGUUCCUUUGCUGCUCAGUUGGCUCAGCAAGCUCAGAGUGAGCAAAAGCUGACAGAUCAAGACGCUGAAAGCAAUGAUAUCAGUCAGUCUAGCAGUGUUCCUCCAAGGAGCGCUCUAGAAGAGUCGAAAAUUAAUCCUGAGGAGCAACCAAUUGAAGUGAAGCCAUCCAAGAAAGAAGAAGCUCGUCUUUGCAAUGUUUACCUCAAAAAGCUUGAUAUAUCGGCAGAUCUUACAGAGCCCGAGUUGUUUGAUCAAUGUACUAGCUUAAUGGGUGUUGAGCAGAUCAUGACGUCCGAUGUAGAUGGUUCUAAGAUCUUGUUCUUGGAGGGUGCUGUAGAAUCUAAUGUGACGCUGCCCAGCAAAUUUUCAAGUGCUUCACUCAUGGGUACCGUGGCUGAUUCUGUUUUUCAGAAAGCCAUUUCCCUUUACAAGAAGAGGAGAGAAGAAAUUAAACUCAUAAACGGCGGGAAUUUUUCAUUUUCUGGUCAGCUAGGCGAGUCCUAUCCAGCACCUAAAUUAGAGGAUUCAAGUUCAGAAUAUGCUAAAGUUGAGGAGUCCGCUCAGGUGGAUGAUGUGAUGGAAGAAGAUGGUGAUAAGGGGGUUGAUCUCCCUGUUAGUUCUGAGGAAGUUGUAGGGCUUCCACAAACCACACUUGACGAGCUGUGUGAGCCAAUGGGUUUGGACCCGACUGAGAAAUCAGAUCUCCCUACCUCCAUGUAUGAAGGAGCUGGCAUGGAAGGUGAUACAGUUCUGGAUGUGGUUCAGGAAAGUAAAGUUGCGGAAAACUCCUUGUCUCUGGAAGAGGAGGGGGGCCAAUCUGAUGCUCUUGCACCUUUGGCGUCUAAAGAUUUGAUGAUGUCCGACGUUUCCAUUCUUGAUGAUGUCAAAGAGGAAGAGAAGUUUGUUGAUGCUAAAUGUGGUACUGUGCCACACCUUGAUGUGUCUUCUGAGGUAUUUGAGGCUGUGAUGCCAGAGUCAAUUGAGUCUGGGUCAGUAAAUUUAAGUCGGAUACAUCAUUCUCCUGAAAGUACACAUUGAGACAAUUUAUUUUUCUGCGUUUUUGAAAUGCCGCUUAUAAUCCAUCAUCUGUUUUGUCUGCUUGCUGCUCCUUAGCUAAUCAAUAAAACUUUUGAGUUUUCUUUA